AUACAUGUUAUGCUGAAGCUGGCCAGCGUAGUGGCAGGAUUUUGUUGAAAAUUUCAGCAGACGUCCGGCGUAACAUUGCAUACUCCAAAUUCAGCGAAUGGCAACGCCUGAAUUUUCAGGCGCAGGGCAAGGUGGCCGCCAAAUUGUUUGGUGAAAGACGGUCACUGAUUUAGUCGGUAUGCUGGUCAAUCUACAUAGCAGCAGAUUCGCCGUGCAGGCGGCUCUGGAGAGGUGUCGGGAUGAGACAUCCCCGCCCCGGUUGUCGUUGCUCGAACUGGCAAGCUGCCCUGAGGCCUGAGUCUUCUCAGCGGAGGAGCGGCCGUCCAGGUGGUAAUGAAGCUCUAAGGUCAACCAUUUGCGUCUGGUCUCAAGCUUGUUUUACUAAUUCGCUUACUUCUGUCUCUGAACUCCAAUUGCAAUCCAGUUCUGUCUCCUAAGUCUAACAAUGAGGGUCCAAUGGAUUCCACACAAGGAGGACAUGUUCCUCUCGUGGGGAAAUGAGAUCUCCUUACACAGAGUUGACGCGGACAAAAGUCAUCCUGUCGCAGAUGGCUCGCACUGCUGUCGGAAGGUGGAGCUGGUGGCCACAUACAGCGAGCUCAAGUACAUCCGCUGUCUGGCCACCUGUCCGUACUCCAGCUCGCCAAUGCUGCUCGCCGUCGGCCUCACGAGCGGGGCCGUCUCGCUCGCCGCCAUCAGCCAAAACUACAUGGACCUGAAUGUGCUCAACAACUUUGUUCCGAAACACGAGCGUCAGUGUAACGCAGUGGCCUGGGAACGCAAUGGCUCCAACCUGCUGGCCGUCGGGCUGGACAAGCACAGAAACGACAGCUCCAUCUUCGUGUGGGACGCCACCGGCGCUCCGGGCCAGCUGUCGUCAUCUCGGCUGGGUAUGGAGCCGGCCAAGCCCUACCUGGAGAUCGGAAACUCUGAGUCGACUUCGUCCCUGGCCUGGUUCAAGCAGCCCAAGGUGCUGGUGGCAGGCAUGAACAACCGCACACUGAAGGUGUUCGACCUGCGCGUCAGAGCCACCGACCGGACCGGCUUGGCCAGGUAUCCGGUGAAACCGCAGAUGAGUGCUGCCACCCGACUGGUGUACGGCCUGUGUGUCGACCCCUAUCUGGAUGACAGGCUGGCAACAUUCGCUGAGAACCAAGUGGCCAUCUGGGACCGUCGGAACUUCGAGAAGCCGGUGAUUACCCUCACAGACGCCCGUACUAAGGCCAUCUUCGGCAUAGGAUGGUCACCCACACGCCAAGACCUUCUGUCCUCUCUGGGGAAGGACUCUGGCCUGCUGAAGCUGCACGACAUCAACCACUACUGCGUCAAUAACGACGAGAUCGAGCCGACGGUGGCUGAGCGCUACGUGGAGGGGUGCGGCGGCAUCGGCCCGCUGGCCGACCUCUCGUGGCACCCGACCGACGAGAACCGCAUCGUCGUCUCGUCGGCGUCCGGUAAACUGAGCGACUUCACAAUAUUCGAACGGAUUACGAUGAACUGGUCGCCGGGAUUUUCGUUCAUCUGGUCGAACGGAGGCCGGAGGCUGAACCUGGUCAGUGACGAGAGUGACACUUAUGAUCAGCUCGAGGACAUCUCGGUGGUGAUGCGCGACCGAGCCCUCAAAGGUUACGGAGUGACGGACCGGCUGAGCGAUAACGCCGCGCUGGCUGGAGACGACCGGCUCAAGAACGUGUGGCUGUGGAUGGCGUACAGUCAGCAGCUGCAGGCCCGGGCGGCGGAGGAGGGCAGCGCAGCCGCCGGCGCCGGCGCGUUCCAGGGCGUCAGGUCUGUACUAGCCGGUGACGGCAGCACGCCGGUCAAAUCCACCAUCGAACUGCGCAGCUGGAUCGGAGUGGAGCGCGUGGCCAAGUGCAAGGUGUUCCGCAGUGCGAGCCGAGACCGGGCGCUGCAGCUGUGCGGCUGGGCCACCGACGAGCUCGCCCAGAACACCCUGCUGGACGCGCUCGAGAAGGAGGGUAACCACGCGCGCGCAGCCGCCGUGGCCGUGUUUCAGCUCACACUGCGGAGAGCCAUCCAGAUCCUGAGGAGGUCCCAGGACCCGCAGCUCAAGGUGGUAGCCAUGGCCCUGUCGGGUUUCACCAACGAGAAGAAGGCGCUGUGGCACGAGAUCAGCGCCGAGCUGCGGCCAUCGCUCACCGAUCCGUACAUCCGGGCCAUCUUCUCCUUCCUGACCGCCGAGGCAGACGACUACGAUGGCGUGCUGAAGGAGUACGAUAUAACCGUCCACGACCGUGUGGCGUUCGCCUGCCGUUUUCUGCCCGAUGACAAGCUGCACAGCUGCCUGAACCACAUCACACAGACGCUGAAAAACGAGGCCAACCUACAGGCCAUCCUGCUCACCGGCGUGGCUGACGAGGGUCUGGAGCUGCUGCAGAACUACAUCAACGUCAGCGGUGACGUCCAGACGGCGGCGCUGAUCGCCUCGUACGCCGGCCAGGCGGCCGAGAGGCGCGUCAGCGUCUGGAUCGACAGCUACCGCUCGCUAUUGGACCUGUGGCGGCUGUGGAACCAGCGGGCGCGGUUCGAUGUCCGUGUUCUCAGUCAGACCGCCGGCGUGCAGCAGUACCCCAAACAGUCGGUGGUAACGUGCAACUUCUGCAACAAGAGCGUGUCUGCGUACAUCGACGAUAUGCGACGCAGGCGGCAGAUGGCACGAACUGGAGCCAACUCAGUCAAGCCGAUGUGCUGCCCGCACUGCCGUAAGGCGCUGCCGCGCUGCGCGCUCUGUAUGAUCCAGCUGGGCACGCCGGCCUCCAGCUGGGGCGCCGCCGGCCAGGGCUCGGCCGACUUCGACUCGUGGUUCACCUGGUGCCAGACGUGCCGGCACGGCGGGCACGCCGCCCACAUGGGCGCAUGGUUCGAGGAGUACGCCGAGUGUCCGGUCACCGGCUGUCCGUGCAAGUGUAUGAGUCUGGACUCGGUCAGUCGUGUACUGCCGGUGACCAACAGCUGAGGGUUGCUGCUCUGUAGAGACUGAGAGGGGUGAGCUCUGUGAGGUGCGUGUUCGGAGCGGUGGCAGAGAGAAAGAGAGGGGAGAAAGUGAGAGGGUGGGGAGGGCACAGGCUGUGGAUUCAUCGGGAGUUAAACGAAUGCGAGCGAGACGAUAUUCGAUAGGGAAAAGGUACACUCAGGGGAGCAGUCGACGAGCGAGCGAUAAACAACGAGCCUAGCAGUGAAUCAGACGUGAACGAUUUUCAGUGCCGCUGUGAGGAUAAUCCAGAAGGUAUUUUCUGCUGGCUGCUGCGACUUCGCGUCGGACAAACUUUAUCAUGGCGCUGUGGUCACGAAGCGGGAUAUUGUGCAAUGCUUUGUGUAAUGUCCCAUAGAGCUGUUGUUUGGGCUGUCAUCGAUGUAAUACGUGCUUGCUGGGCUGAAUAUCGGGGUGCGGGUUGAUUUGUGGUUCGGCCAGUGCUGCCGUAUGACGAUAUUCAUACGUCUAAUUACUGUAGCGUGCGUUACAAUGAGUCGAGAGCUGGUAAAUCGAGCGUGCCUCGUUUGUAGCUUGUGUGUUGCAGUGUCUCGUCGCCGCACUGACGAUGGUUCGCGAUGUUCGUUUUAUGCUGUUGCGCAGCGUCGCGCUGGGUGACUCCGGGGGCACAGCCAUGUCCUAUAUUGGAACCUAAGUCGGCUCAAGACAUGAGAUCUCUGGGUCCCCGGCGGCCCAGCCGGCUGGCAGGGCUCGCCAGCUCAGCAUUUUCACGUAGAACAUGUGCGUAGAACCCUCAGGAUGAUUUUGAGCUUCAUCUCAUGGUGGGGUUCACCAACGUGUGAACGACGCGAGCUUUUCAUUUCGGGUGUUCUGUUGUCAACUAUGUUGCAUUGCAUAUUUUGUACCAAUGUUAAACCAGCACGAAUCUGCCGAGCCCUACGUUUGAUUUUGCAAAGAUGUUGGAGCUUAGGAAUAUUUAAUGUAUUUAGGGCUGAAUUUUCUGUUUGCUUGUCGUCGUUACGUUCCCAGUGAAGCAUGUCGUAGAUUAACAAAUUAUGUUUCUCGGAAAACUGAAGCCACUCACUCGUCGUUGUGAGCUUGUCUUAUUAUUUAUAUAUUUUGUAUCUGCAUUUUGUAUAUCGGGUUUGCCAUGUAGCAACAAGGGUUUGCCAAAUAUAUGAAUCAAUUCAACAUUA